AUGUUGUUCACCAAGGUCUUCGCCAUCUCAGCCGUCUCCACCCUUGCUGCUGCCACAGCCAUCCCGCGAGGUGGUGGAGGUGGAGGUGGAGGUGGAGGUGGAGGUACAGGCACUUCAACCCAAUGCUGCCAACAGGUCCAACAGGCAUCUACGGUCCAAUCGGGUCCUUUAGGAUUGCUUUUGGGUCUGCUCGGGAUCGUCCUGGGCCCUCUCGAUGCCCUCGUUGGCCUCAACUGCAGCCCUAUCACUGUCAUUGGAAGCAACAACGGCGCCUGCUCUGAUGGAAGUAACACCGUCAACUGUACCAACAACAACUACGGCGGUCUCAUUAGCAUCGGAUGUGUUCCCGUCAUCAUCUAA